GUUGAUGAAGUAAUCCGGGCUGCGCCUCCCACGUGGUCUGUGCAGAAUGAAAUCAUUGUUACUUAUUAGGAAGGGAUUGCCUUCUCCGGAGUUUUUACUGUACGCUUUCAUGCAACCCAACCCAAAAACGAUGCGCUAGACCCAUCUCACUUCCUUCCAUCAUCAUCCUUACUUCUCAUUCUCUCACCCUACACAACUCAUCGCCAUCAUGAAAAUCAUCACUGCUGCAACCGUGUUCGCUCUUCUCUUUGCGACGACUCCAGGUCUGAGCAUUCCUCGCUCGGACCUGAUUGUGUCGGACGCCGCCACUCAACCGCAUUCCCUCCUGAUUUCCGACUUGGAGAAGCGUCGGGGCGGCGGCGGAGGAGGAGGACGAGGCGGCGGAGGAGGUGGUGGAGGGGGAAGUGGUGGUGGUAGCGGCGGACGAAGUGGAGGCAGCUCUGGUAGUAGCUCCGGUGGUCGUUCCGGCGGCAGCAGUGGCUCGUCUCGGACUGGCUCGUCAAGUAACUCUGGAGGAGCUACUCGCGGAGGAUCCGGACCGCAGCCCGCCUACGGAGGUGGCUCUUACUACGCCGGAGGUGCUCGCACUCCUUUUGCUGCCGGCGGACGUUCACCGUUGGGCGUGGCACCUUUCCUCCUGCCAGUGGCCGCCCUGGCUUUCUUUCCCGGCAUUUGGCUAUACGGUGCAUACGCCUACCCCUACCACCAUCACUAUAACUAUACGGACGAGAAAAAUGACCGAAAUGAGUCGUUGCCCGUGGUCUGUCUGUGCCAGAAACACUCCGAAUGCGGAUGCGACGACAACUCCAACAACACUUACUACGAGGACCUCUUUAACGGAACUCAACCGGUCAACUCUAGCACGGUCACGGUUGCCGAGGUGAAUGGCACCAAGUCAAUUUAUAUCAACGGGACCCUCCCCAACGGCACCACGGUGGAUGACCCAUCCGCAGAUUCCUCGGCAGCCACGAAAAUGCGUGAAACCAGCGGGUACUGGCUGAUGGCUGCGCUGGUGGCCGGUACUGUCUGGGGUCUCUGAUGCUUUGUUAUGAUUUGAUUUUUUUUUUCGUUAUUUUUUCUUUGUUUCUUCUCUGUUUUUUUUCUUAUGAAAUUUAUGGUCUCUCCUUCUCUGCUUUUGGGUGGUUGCUUGACUGUGGGUUGCUGUGGGUUGCUGUGGACCAGAGGCCCCCAAAAAAAAGAAAAGCGAAAAAAGAGUCUGGCUUCCUCCGCACUCCUACCAUCGCUCCUGAACCCUCUAUCAUCAUCGUCACUCCUUGACACUCAUUUCAUUGCUCUGG